AAGUUAUAAUGACAUGCAUCUCUGCUGAUGAAAAGUGCCUGAAAAUCAAUCAUGAAUUUAAACGGCGCCAAGUUGCUGAUUGUGAAACGCAUUUUUUUUAUACACAUUCUUUUGGGCAUUCAAAAUUGAAAAAAGGGUGUCGACAUUUGUUUUUGAAUGACAAUUGUUCAAGGAAUCGCCCUGCAACAAGACCUACAAGAGAAUAAAGAUGCCAUAGCAGGGAAAUCUCUGGACGUUCCUGCACAUACCGGCGACGUCAAGAUUGUCGAAGCGCAUACAGCCAUUCUACUCUCGAAAGCAGGCGGUCUUUUAACUCGAAAUGAUCAGACAAUGUGGUUGUUGAAGCAUAUGCUGCAGCCUAUUAAAAUCUUGGAAGACGAGCAUUUUCACCUAUUAUAUCUUUCAGCAAGUCAUAAGGCGAUCUGGGAACCCCAUACUCAGCCUCGCAUGGAUGAUAUCAAUGGUCCUGUUCGAACGGCAGAUCCGUUUACAGAGGCAUCGCGAAUACCCUUUUCGUCAAACAAUCUCCCUGCUUUAACGUCGUCGACAACCACCACCCAACCUCAGCCCACGAAUACGAACACGAACAAAAAGCUCUACAUGCUGACGCCUCGUACACAUAUUCUAACCGUUUCGCAGGAGAAUCGAAUGGUUUUUCUCAUCGAUUUAAGUUCCAGCUUGGCCACCAUUGACGCGGGAUCCAACAAGAUUAUGAUGGGGAACACUUACCAUGUUAUUGAAAAUAUGAUCCACGGACUCGUCUUACCAUUUACCUUCCGUGCAUCACCGACAUCAAUGCCCAUCAGUCUUGAACCGACGAUCCGGAUUACAGUCAUUAUAGAAUGCUCCCAAUUUGGAUCGAAUAUGAAUGUGAUUCCCAUCUUGGCAGAAUAUCCUACCAUGCGCGUGCUGCUACAAAACGUGGUCAUAACACAACAUAAUAUUUACGCGGUGCUCAAAACACUCAACGAAGGGAUUCGGGAUUUCCAGCGGGAUCUGGGAAUUUUCCGCAAGAAACUUACGGAACGCCGCGCUAAACUGGGCUAUGAGUUGGAUGUUCGAGGUGAUCAUUCGUCUGUGACUGAAGAGGGCGGGGCCGAUUUUGAUCUUGGUCAUCUCGAUGCUCGGUAUUUAUCUGGUCGAAAAUCGAACCAUCAGAAAAAGGGAACCGAGAAACGCAAACAAACCGCCAAUUCGCCCCAUUCCCCUCGACCAAAUACAGUGACAAAGACCGAGUCAAAUAACAACAUGAAACGAUGGUCAGGUCCCUAUCCAGGAUCCGCCACGCGACCUCAGCAGCAGCAGCAACAACAACAACAACAGCAGCCACAACAGCAACACCGGUCUCUUUUCAUGUCCAACCAUAAUCAGCCGCGCUCUUUGAAGCAUAUGAUGCCUCUCAAAAAGGACGUAUGGGGCCUAGGCAAGACUGGAAGCAAUCUUUCGUAUAUUCUUCGGGCAGGUUCAUUUGCCAUGAGCCUUUUACCGCCCAUUGGACGUCCGUCACUUAUUCUGAUUACGGAUGGUGUGGUGAAAUCCAACGUGCAAGAUGAAUAUGCUAUUCGACAGUUAUCCAGCGAUGAUAUCGCUUGCAGCGUGGUGCAAAUCGGCGCGAUGAACAGUUUUGGCCCUGGAUGCAAUUUUGGAUUCGUACCUGACAACGAAAUACUACGGUUUUUAGCCAAUGCAACAGGAGGACACUUUAUGCAUGCCGAAGAAUGUCCUUCCGUGACCCGAAAUGAUUAUCUGAGACAUGCAGGCGUUUCUCAGACCAAAAGGACUCACUCCUCCGUCGACACCGCAUUUGCGGCGCCGAAUAUAUACCAUUACCGACUACUCAUGCGAGAAGUGCUACUGGACAAGACACAGGCUAAAAUGUCGCGCCUCCUUGCCGCCGCAGGAAGAAUCAAUGAUCCUAUAGUUAACAAAGAUCCAUUAUCAACGGCGCUGCUCGGACUCCCUCCAUCAGCUCGGACCCUCCAAUAUGAAGGCAUGCUUCCCAUGCAAACCAAUGGCAAUGCGCCCUGGACUUAUGGAUCAGAAUUGGUUCCUGCUGAUACUCGAUUACUUCGAUUUCAAGAAUACUACUUGCCUACAGAGUUUUGGCACGCUAUCACCGCGAGACUGCAUCAAGGAUUUUCUCUGUCAUCGGUGCUCUUUGAUGACAGUCGUCAUCGCCGCGGCACCAAUCAUACAGAGGAAUUGGUUAAAAAAGAACGGAUUCUCAUUACGCUCACGCUCAAUUGGCAGCCAGACAUUACCAUUGAAUAUCGUAUCCGAGCAUACUGGUCGUCGCCUUGGUCCGAUUAUCUUCGUUCGCUUCUAAUGAAUGUAGCCGAGAGAACCCCGUCUAUCCAGUUGAAUGCCAAAGACACCAACUUUCUCAGCGAGCAUCAUUUACUUGACUGCGUCCGAUCGCCCAAAGCCGAAGUCCUGAUUCGCGCCAACAGCACGUUCUCCCACAUGUUACAGAACUGGGAUGCCUUUCAACGCCGCAGUCAAAUGAUGGGGAUAUUUACUGGGUCAUUGGGAAUCGGGCGUGAUUUUUCGGCUUCACCCGGGUUCCUUAAAGUGGGAAAGCUCAAAAAGCUGCUCGUUCGCAUUUCCGAGACGGAUGAAUUGCUCAAAUCGCUUGUCAGUGUGAAGUUGGAUCAAGGGCCAAAGGAUCUUUGCGAAAAGUUCCAAGCAACUUGGACCAAGAUGGACGGAUCGGAAUUCCGGCCCCAUACGCGAUGCUGGUACGACGAUGCUUCCUUUGAUAUCAUUCUCAAGGCCGGUUGUUCAUCGGAAUAUACGUACAAUACCGCCCUGCUCGAUACAUUUCAAAUCGAAGCUGAAGACGCGGUUCAGCAAAUGCAUCGUGAAUUAGAGAAAUGGGCGACCUUUACCAGCAAAGAUCAUACGUAUGUCAAGCUGUUCAUGGAUGCAUCGAUCCAGCCCACCCACCACGACGAGCAACUGCGCGAAUUGUCAACAUCUCCAGGUUAUAUGGCGUCCACUGUCGAAGCGACAUCGCCUCAAUUUUGCGAAGCGAGGCUAUUCCAAGAUAAACAGCGGAUCAUCAAUGUCCGAAUUCUGUUCUUUAAUUUAUCCAUGGCGGCGCAACAACAGGUGACGGAUGAUUUGAAAUCGAUAAUGACCCGCCUUCCCGUCACAGUCGAGAAUGCAUUGAUCCACCCUGGCGUUAAAUAUCCUGCCAGUCCGAGCGGCAAGGAGCAUGCUGUGCACUCGAUGGAUCAACGUGCAAUGAUCUGCCAACGACCCUUGUCUAGCUUAUUGUUGCGGGAUUUUGAACAUUACAUGUCGUCGGAAGCAUUUUUCGAGAAACAGCAAUUAUUCAUGACGAAAAUGUGGCACAUCAAUCCUACCUUUUGGCUGAACGGCGAGUUCAUUGUACGAAAUUACCUACACCACAGUGCUUGGCAUUGGCAUAUCGAAGGUCCCUACUUGGAAACCGAUUCCUUUACCAAGCUCAAAUCAUUGCAGGAACUGGCAUAUUCAUACAUUUGUAAAGCUCGUUUAACUGAAGGAUUUCACCUGGUGGCGGUGCAAAGAGCCGGAAGUCACUUUUAUAAGGAGAUGUAUCACAAAGAUACCGCAUUUGCCAUGCAGUACUAUGUCUGGUACGAACCAACAGAGCAUAAAGUGAUAACGGAGCUUUGGAUGGAACCGAUUGUAGGCGAGACGACCAACGAUACGGAAAGGUCGCUCAUUCGAUCGAUUCUUCACAAGGAUAAAGACAUCAUGACUCGUCUAAUUACGUUCGAUCGGGUCUAUUCUUUGGGCUUGCCUGCAUCCAUCACGACACCGCUCGAUAAAGCGAACCAACAUGCGAAUGAAACGGAUACAGUGACUCCUGUCCAACUUUAUCACAUGCAGCAAUCGUGUCUAUUCAACGUCGCUUCUAUUCUUCAGCUGGCCACUUUCUUAUUGGCAUCUUAUCCAUGUCCAAAGUUCGAUCGUUACAGCCUCAUCAAAGAUCAGAAACAUUGGGCGACGCCCACGGACAGCUCGCCUCUAUUCGACAUCAAGAAAACGCCCAUGCCUACUGCAACAGCUGAAAAUGCAACAAGUCGUAACCUUGAAAGGACGUCGUCGCGCUCACGUACGAACAGCAAGAUGAGUCCUGUAGCCUCUCCAUUGAAUCAGAGCCAAGUAUCCAUGUGGCACAACCAUCGUCAUUACACUUGCAACUGUCCGCGACCAGAUACCUUAUUUUAUCGCCACAAGGAUGCCAUCUCUGCUUUACCGCCCAUUCUUCGCGAUAUUGGCUUGCUGCAUUAUUACUUUGAACAAUCGUUUAGUACCAUUGCCGAUAGCACCAUAGCGCUGGACGAUGCGCCGCAUAGUGAAUUUUGGCAAAUGCUCAUGAAAACAUUGGCAAAAGAAAAGCUGGCAGCGAUCGACACCAGCACGCUUCCCAUUACUCGGCAUUUGCAACACAUGCGGUGCUUUGUCAAGAUUGUAGAUCCGGGCGCGUUUAUUCUCAUUCUCAUGCCUUCCUUAUCCGUUAUCGUUAAUCAUUUGUUUCAUCAGAGCCACCUUUCGGAGCAAGAACAAUUAAUCUCGUCGGCCUGUUCCAUCUCACCAUCCGGAUUCGAUCACAUGAGCCUUUUAAUAUUCGAGUGCCAACGUCAAAAUCCAGCUUCUGAUGUCUGUUAUCGCGACUUGUCCGAUCUACUAAAGGAACCCAUUACCAUGAAUCCUAUUGAUCAUACUGUGUGGAACGAGUGGAUAGAAGGCAUUGGAUCCGCGCUACGGCCAAACUUAUCGUGGGGCCGAUUGGGUUGUCCAUUACCGAACGACGGUUUAUCGGAACGAACGUUGAGACUCAUGCAGGACAUUACCUCGAUUUAUUUCCAAAGCUUCGUCAAGUCUAUUUUCACCUGUCUGUUGCAUGGUCGAGCAGUGGAUGGGGAGGAUUUCGAAAAAGUGCUGGAAAUUUGCGACGAAUCCAGUCUCGACAUUGACUUGACAGGUUACCUGAACGCACAAACACUACUGAAACGGCGGGGUCGUAUUAGUGUCGACGAGCUGGAGCUUGCGCAUCAGCGAUUCAUAUCCGUGCUGAGUCACUAUUUUGAACCUGUUAUUACCACCAAUGUGAGUCGACAACAUAACAUCUAUUGCUAUCGACCGCCGUUUGCCAAGGUCGGACAAAAAUUAGGCUUUUCCUUGUCAGGUGAAAACCCCUCGAAUUUAACCGAUGUAGUGGUCUGUGCACAAAAUCCAUUGUUUAUCCGUUUGGAAUACACUUUGAGAAAGCCAAAGCCUUCGGGAGGAGGGUUCGACGAAAUUACACUUCCUGUGCAUCAGUUGCCGUCUUCGUACGAGGGAGAGUGUCCUGCGACCGGUUAUUUCAAUUUUGAAUCGGAAGCCAUUGGUUCGGAUGAUUCGCCAGUGGACUCCAGCGACGGCACAUCGGCCACUCUGCACCUGGUAUGCAUGACUUUACCUAGAAUAAAGAACGCGUCGGAAGACCUCUUGUUUUCGCAUUUACAAGGUUGUCCUGCUGACAGUACAGUUCAUCAUCAAACUCCGUUUCUUGACACAGAAAAGACAUAUCGGCCAAAUCUAUCGUCGUUGACCCGCGACAAACAAGAUGCGUUAAUUGAAACCGAAGCGCGGCUGAUCUGGCUAUUCACUGAAGAAAUUAUGCAUGGACUGCUGCGGUCGGGACCGAUCACCCAAUCUGUGGUGAGAUAUAUUGAGGCUCAGCUAAUGAAGAAGAAUCCGUUUGUGGAUUUCCCCACCACCAUGUUUAUACCGUUGGUGUUUGUCAAGAACCAGCAGUUGAGCCGGCAGAUCUUUUUCGAAGAAUUGGAAAAGGUGAGGAAUAUGCCCUACCGACUGAUGCGCGUAGGCGAUUGUUUUUAUGCCAGCGACCAUGAUGCCCUUCACACUGAGCCAUUGCCGUCCACGAUGGAACUUGAACCUCACUAUGACGAUGAACUUGACGGCCUUAACAUCUCCAUGGAAUCAUCGGGCAAGGCGGAUAACAAUAGCAGCCAAGGAGGAAGCAGUGAUGAAUUCUGUCAGGGACUCGGCAUCAGCAUCUUGGAGCCUGAAACAGUGCUUGACGAAGAAGCAAGCAGGGACGCGGACGGAGAUCGAGAAACGGCCGAUGUGAUGCGACAACAAUUGUACUGGUUACUGCUUAUUCCCCAACGGGAAAACGUACAGAUUUAUUUCUACUCCAAGAUGCAACAAUCUGUUAAUCGAUCCGAAAUUAUUCGCGUGACUAAAGCCAUGGUCAAUGAUGUGAUACGGCGCACCAAUAAGCUGGUCCUUCUUCAAGAACUCCACGAAACCCGGAUUUGCAGUAAAUAUCUUUUGGCUCCCGGUGAAGAGGGAGAGCGGCAACAGUAUUCCUCGGACGAAUACUCUGAGGAAGAAUACGAACUCCCCAACAGCCACAGAUCAGGCGAUAAUCUGGUAGAGAUUUUGUCCACUUCUGGUGAAGAACCGUCCUUGGCACAGCCCAAGAAAUUUCAGCCUGGACAAUUCGGAUGUGGCAUCGUCUUUACGAAAUCGUUUCCCCUCCACUGGCGUCUGCAACCCAAUUUUGCUUUGAACAGCCUUUCAAAUGAUGUGUUGCGCAAUUUAGCCGUCAAGAACCGACCGAAUAUGUUUGUCUGCAUGCGCGAUAAUGCUGUGGUAUAUUGUUUCUUAUCCGAGACGACCGUCACGCAUUACCUAUUUGAUUCCGAUGUUCAGAUGGAGCAAGAAAAUAUGCUGCGGCCCAUCUCCCCAUUUGGAAACACCCUCACCAGCAGUAACAAUGAAGGCCCACACUCUCGUAUUCAAAAUAUGUCCUUCUCAUCCCAUGGAAAGCAAUCACCUCAAGGCAGUGCACACAGUGAUCUACUGAGCCCUCGUGCUAGUCCUGGAAAACAAGAAAUGUCACCCAACGGGACAAAGAAAUCGGUCCGCAGCUUCGAAACGAGGGAACUUCGUUUACAGGUUCACGGUGUUGACUUGCCAAGCUGGAUCUCUGAGGAACUUGUGGAUUUAUUGGAGAGCCGUCUUACCAUUCAAAUCACAAUGAAGGAAGUGCAGCAAUUUUUGAUGCGAAAUCCUACAUCAAAGCUCUCAAGAGCAGAUCUCGAAUUUAUUCUUCCCAUCGAAAAACCUCCAAGCUUCAGACAAAGUAUUCGUAUUCCUCUUCUCAUUGCCGACAUCUACCAUUUCCUCCAUUUACUACGACAGAAUAUUCUUAUUGGACCCUUGCGUGCUUUGAAUGGGACGGAUCUCAGCUACCUCGUCAAACGUUAUCGAAUGCUACGGUACGGUACACGACCUCCUAAUGCGUACCCAUGGUCAUCCAAAGAAACACGAGAUCGGCAUGAUCACCCCGAUAUUGUGGCGGGGGAUCUGUGCUUUUAUUACAGUUGCUUCAACCGUGCCCCCGGUGUAUGCUCGCCGUUUGAGAUGAUGGUUGGCCAAGGUGUAGCCGGUAUAUGUAUGAACUUGCUGCAUGCAAAGAGCAAAACGGCAGUAGAGGAUGAUCCUAUCAAAAUAGAUCAUAUGAGAGGAAUCUACAUGCACGAUUUGGACGCUUGUUUGGAGGAUCAACUGAGCGACGAUCGAGUGUCCAAUCAUCGAUACGAAUUAGCGGUGGAUAUCUGGUCCGUCGGACAAAUUGAAACCUCACAUCUUUUUGAUCACGUUUACAGUUGCUUCCGGCAAACGAUCUGUGAUUACAUCAUUGAAUGGACGGUACGGGUGGCGACUCGCGAGAAGAAUGAUAAACGCUUCGAUCGUCAUGUGGCUCGCGAGACGAUCGACCCCAGUUGUACGCUUCAAGAGAUCGUGCCUCCUUUUGUCCGUGUGCUGGAAAAAGCGGCGGAAUGGAAAAGUCCCAGUGUCAAAUCGUUAUCGAUCACCGCCAAUUUAUCGCCAUGGUGCCUGGAAGAUAUUGUACUGCAACUGGAGGCUGAAUUAACGGAUUGCAACCCCAUGUUACGACCGGUCAUUGCCAGAGCUACGGAUAUGUGCGACUUGAAUAUCACCACAAGGCCGCAGCAGGAAUAUGAAGUUCUGGAAUCGCCGGCUCACUUUCCAAGGCACAAUGAGCCUCCAUCGCUCCACAGCUCGCAUUUUCUUAUGGUGAGCGGGUUAGCCGAAUUACAUCAUCGAUGGUUCCCGACACCGGGUGGAACCCGCCGACAGAGUGCAGACAGUGAAUGGUCGCAAAAAUCUCACUCACGCUCGCCUUUGGGCAAGAAUGCAAUGAAUGAAGAAGCACAACGGAAAGAAGGUUCACCCCUGCGCCGUGAUGAUCUCAGUAUCCACAGCCGCCAUGAUUCCUUGGCUUCCGGCAUGUCGAAAACUGCCUUGACCACGCUAAAUGCCAAAUUGCGAGGCAAUUACAAAGACGUAUCACAUCGCCACUCCUUUAUGCUGUUCACCUUGGAUACGCAUGGAUUUACCGCCUACGCUUACAAUUGCACAGACGUCUUUUCCGAUCAAAUUUUGCAAUCCCUGUUACGAUCGGUCCAACGCCAAGAGACGAGAGGAUUGGCCUUGCGGAAUAUUCUAUUCCAAAAAAUGGGCCUGUUUCACCACAGUGAAUCCAUGGCCGAAAUCAUGUCAGCAGGUGGAACACGGUCUCCCACCUUGUCGCAGAGCACUUCCACCGGUUAUCAGCAUCCGAUGCAUCGAUCCGCGGCAUCACCCAGUUUCGUAGGUAUUGCGCGCUUGGCGCAACUCGAUUCCCAGGUCCGUACUUCACCGUCUGCCACACCGAGCCCAUCGACCGACGAUUAUCAGAGCCGUACCGAGGUCAACUUUUCCAAUUUGAAGAGUUUGAUCACCAACACUUACUCUGGCCGCCAGCGGUCAGAGCGAACGGUGCUUGGUACUGAACAGGAAUCGGAAGAUACGAUGAGCAUCUUUGACGUGCAGGAGAACGGCAAAUUAUGCAAACCGGCCGGCCAUGAACCAAGCGAAGUGGUGUAUACGGCGGUGAGAUUGACGGAUGCCAACACCGUUUUAAGAGACGCUUUUGCCGAAUCGACGGCGGAAUACGAACACGCACGUCACCGCGAUUAUCUGAUACGGCACGGUGAACCUUUUCUCAACAUGUAUCUGCGACGAUCGAAACUGCAAGCCGCGCAUGAAAAGGCGUUUCUGGUAUAUUCUAAAUGGGCCAAUCGCUAUGAGGACUUUGAAGCCAGGGCGCCUGAAGAGAUUGAGAUGAUGAGCUUUGCGGAACUGAAACUUAUCCUGAAAGCGUCGCGGUUGCUUCAUUUUUGUCGAACGCCACUGUACUUUUCCGACGCGACAUCAUCCGAGCUGAAUAAUGCGGGAAGAACGGCGCGACUGUUUGCGGAUCCAAGCAUGGCCAAAUCGGAAGAGACGACAGCGUGGUAUGAGCGAUUGACGCACAAUUUUAUGGCAGAAUAUGCGUCGUAUCUCGAAGGCAUUGGUAUGCAUCUGAUCAUUCAUGGCCCGUCCAACGACCAGAAGGAAGAAGUGGAAGGUUGCUUAUCGAGAUUCCAAAUUACCGAUACGGUAUCUGUCUCUUCUCCCGUCGUGUACCUGCUCCAGGUGUUCAAAGGAGGAUCGAUCAUGUGUGAGGCACGACUCACCGACGGGUUUGUCUCUGUCACCUUAUAUACACUCCAUCGCCGGUACGGUCGUCUGACAUUUUCACCGUACACUCACGAAAAGCGAGAAAUACGACGAGCCGGUUUCAAGACGUUUACCGAAGAAUGUGAUCGGUUCAAGCAAAGAAUUCACGUCAAUUCUUUUGUCUCUGAUUUUCAUUUGCGGCAUAUUCAACGUAGUUUGGAUGAUAGUGCAUCACUGCCUCGUAAUCUAAAUCUGCUCAAUGUACUCAAGAACACGGUAUCCAUCUACGACAGGCCUGCCAGUUACUCACGAAAUCGGAUCGUCAAGGGCGUCUAUGAAAUUGUUGUGGAAAACAAGGUGGAUCAGCUAUUGUCCCUGAUUUUGCGGGAUGCGGCCAAAUUCGGAUUCCAGACAUUGUACUAUGAAAACAAGCCCAUUGCGUGCUUUGUAUCGUCGGACGACUUGUCUUUUCAACGUGAUGCCGAUAGUCAUCCGUCAACCGAUUCGCACUUCCGGCAUACCUUGGUGAUAGCUCCGGCCGAUUCACAGUGGGGCAACCUUCCUGGUAAAGGCAGUUCCGUAGGAUCGCCAAGACACAUGAGUGCAGGGCAUUCGGAAAGCAUCAUGGAGAAGAUUGAGUUGCAAUAUUUUGUGCUGGUCGUCUACAGGAAAAUGGAUCGGCCCGAAGCAGGAAAUGAUGUGUAUCACACUACCUGGUCUACUACACUGCGACAUAAAAAUGAGCAACGACGAGGUAAAAAUGACGAGGAGAUACUGCUACCGGAACAAUAUACCAUGGGAGAUGUGGUUCGUCAAGCAGAGAAUCGGAUUGAUACCAUGAUUGCACAGGCAAUUCAUUAUUGCCAUCAAGAUACCAAUUGGAACCGAUUAUACCAUGCUAUUAGCACCAAACGUACCAAAGGCUCAGCCGUUGAUCUUGUGACGCUGGCUAGAGGCUUCUACAGCUUGGAUCUGGAAUCCAUUGACCCGUCUUUUAGCAAGUUUAUGCGACUGAAUUUACGAUGGGAUGAUGUGCUGGAUACCAUGAAAUUAUUCUACCCCAUGACAUCGGGAGAAAUACGUCUGCAAACCACUCGUUAUGUGCUUUUCUUCAUGCCCAAUGCUGUGAUGGAAUAUUUUGUUUCCUUUGAAUAUAAUCCCGACGAUAAACGCAUCAAGGCUACCAUGAACAGCAAGCAGCCACGAAAGGACGCCCAACGCAUGGAUGCAGCAGAAAGAGAUUUUGUAACCAAUCUAGGCAAUGUGCUAGCCUAUUAUAUAUGGAAGAAUACCCAAUAAUAAAGUCAUAAUUCACUCGUUGGGGCGAGAUUUUAGAUACUUUUCCG